GUACAGAUUAUAAGAAUAGGAGUAUUUACGAGUAGCAGACUUAGCACAGCGUUAAAAGAAAAGAGGCGUGGUCUUGUGUUUGGGAAAAAAAAACAAUAAAAAAAAACAGAGCAGCUUCUUUAAAAAUAUUAGCAUACUAUGUGACGUUUCCAGUGGGCGGGGCUUCAGCCCAAAUCGAUUACAGGCAAAACACGAGCUUCUUUUUAAAGAGCUUCUUUACAAACAAGUUGAGCAUCAGCGCGGAGGAGCGGAGGAGCGGAGGAGCAGGGCUGAGUGUGAAGUGCACUCGGAUUUACAUUUCAAAGUGGACAUAUCAGCCCUGCCUUUAUCCAUCCGGAGACCUUUCAGAGAAAGCAGAACAGUGGCGGGUGAUUUCCGCUGAUGGAGGAUGACGAGGAGGAUACGCCUUUACCGAGUCCAGCCAAUCGGAUUGAGGUCGCAGACACCAGAAGAGGGAACAUGCCGGUGAUUCAGACGACACCACGCUUCCGGAACUCGGGCUCCAUCUCACACACAAUCAGCGCACUCCACCGUUCCCUCCACGGAGCUGUGGGUUUGGGGCUGCUGUCGACGCCGUCAGAUGAUUCACAAGCGCUUCUUCACAAUUUAAUCUUCUUCCCCGGAGGAGACUCUGGUUUCACCGCUCACGUUCCGUCUGUGUCGGAGGAAUCUGGAGAAGAAGAACAGCAGGAUGACGAGAAACGGGAUGAGCGAGAAGAGGACAGGACGAGUGUUGAAGUGCAGAUCGGACGGAAGCUGCGUGAGAUCGGAGAUCAUUUUCAGCAGGAGCACAUGCAACUGUUCCUGCAGUAUCGGAGAAACCGGCAGCCGAUUUGGUGGCGUUUAGCAACGACGCUUUACGACUUCCUGUUUCCGAGGGAGCUCAUCGGACACUGAGGAGGUCAAAGGUGAAGGAGUCGUCCGUCUCUGGGUCCUAGUGUCUGCCCUCGGGUUACCUGUGCCCUUAAACAGGCCUUUUGAGGUGAACUUGGAAAACAGAUCGAUAGUGAGAACGAGUGCGAGUCGCCGCUGGAUGGAGACGGCGUCCUCGCUACUGCUCACAAAGAAGCCAUCUUUAAAACCGAGCUAGUUUUUUGAGUUUUUUUUUUUCUUACUUUAAUUCUGCCUAUUAGUCUGUGAAUGCCUUACAGUGGAUUGAGUUAAGAAGCAAAAAAAGGUGCUUCAGAGAUCGAAGGACUUCAGGAAAGUUCCAGAAAUUAGAAAACGUGAAGGAGCAGCCUCAAAAAACUUAACUCAACAUCUUACUGGUUAAAAUUGCUUUAAAAAAAAAAAAAACUGUCAUGUCUUUGAGACAGUUUUUCACUUUUUUUUUUUUUUUUGAACAGUUUAGUUUUUUUAUUUUUAAUUUUUUUAUUGGGAAUAAAACAUCAAAUGCACGUCUGUCGCCUUAAAAUCCAUUUUUAACAUCUGAGCCUUUAACCUGAGCCUUUUUAAGAUCCUCAGGGCCGAGAGACAUUUUCACUACCGUAAUUAUUCUGAAGGUUUAUUCUCGCUUUACUGAGACGUUUUUGACUCUGAACUUUUUCUCAGUCUGACCGGGAUGAUUUUUAAACGCGACUUUUAUCACUGACUGAAUUUUUUCAUUUGUGAAAUAUCAUGAACUACAUCCAUUUUUAAAUGAGAAAACCUUAAGUUUAUUGGACAUUUAAACCUGAAAUUAAAAGCUGAAAUAGUGAGCGAUAAUUUAUUUUGUAAAUCACUUAAAAAAAUUUUUUAAACUUUUUAGCCAAAACCAAAUAAGACGAAUUCAGUGGCUUGAAACUUAAUAUUUUUUACAGUCAGGUUUAAAAGUACAAUUUUACUACAAAAAAAAGUUUUUACUUCAUUUUUAUAAUAAAGUUUAUUAGAAAAAAAUUAUUAAAAAAUGAACAGAAUUUUUUUUUUCUAUAAAGCUGAAAUUCUCCAUUUUUUCCCCUCAAAAAAGUCAGACUUUAAAUCCUGUCAUUAUUAUAAAAUUGGAGCCAAUUCAGUGCUGUAAGCCGAUUUUCAUUUCCUAAUAUUUCCGACAGUUCUGAUGAGAAAUGCCGUCACAGUUUGAGGAGCUUGCGUUUAUACAUUUGUGUGGAAAAACGAGGAAUUUUCAAACGGGUGGAAAAAACCGUCCAUAGUUUUUUUUUAUUUUUUAAAUCAAAAGAUUUUUUAAAAUCAAAUGAAAUACAGUAUAAAAUACAGGCAUACAAAGAAGACAAAAUGCACUAAUUUGCAUAAAGAUUUUUCUGAAGCCAUUAAUUAAUGAAUAAUGGUGCAUUAAAAAAAAAAAUUCUCUUCCCAAAACUUUAUAAAGGUCCUUAUUUAUCAAAGCUGCAAUGAUUAACACAUUUUUACUCAGAUUUUUUAUAAGCUCUAAGGUUUUUUUUCCUUUUUUUAAAUGUUCUGCUGAGAACAUUUUUUUUUUCUUAUACGAGGGGAAAAAACCCAAAUUUCCUCAUCCGAGUCCCUAAAACACUGUGAGCUCUUCAAUUCUAAUCGAAUCGAGCUAACUUUCAACACUUUGGCUACAUACCUUAGCUUAUUCUUUUUAAUUAAUAAAACAUUUACAGGUUAACACUUAGACUUCUAUUUUAAGUUGAAUAAAUAAGGACCGGUAUGUUUAUUUAUUUGUAUAUUUAUUUCUUUUUUAAAAACUCUGACCAAAUAAGUGGUCAGUUGGGACCGAAACCUUUUUUUUCCCCCCUGUAAGAUUUAUUCAGCGUCCAAUGAGAAGGCCUGAUUUUUGUCACAUGACCAGCUCAUACAUUGGACUUGAUUUUUUUUUUUUAAAAAGAACAGUCGUUUUUAUUAAAAGUGAUGCGUGUUGGUAUAAGUGGAAUCGGUAAAUCAUAACGAUAAUAAUAAUGAAUAGUAUUAUUUAUUUUUGUCGUAUGAGUUUGUAAAAUAAAAGGGAUAUUCACAUGAAUAUACAGUUUAUCGAUUUAUUCAUAAUUCUAACAAAAAAAGAAAAAUUGCUUAUAUUAAAUCUCUAAAUGCUUUAUUUAAGAGUGAUAGGUCAUGAAGUGAACAAAAGUUUUAUAUGAUGGGUAUGUGGCGAUAAAACAAUACUACGAUACAUCGCAAUAUCACUCACUCACACACAGCUUUACUGACGCGUUAUACUGGCGAAUAUAACAUACGGUAGACGAAGGUGUGAUCGCAAGCAUGUCACAUCUUUAUCAAAAGAAAACGCUGGAAUAUUGCGAUGAUCUCAUGAACCGUUAAAAAGGGACAAGAUGACGAUGUAUCGGGACAAGCCUCGUACCGAGUUUCUGUUUCACCUUCUUCCUUGAAUAAGUUCAGCGUCACAGACUGUUUUUAUAUUUUAGUUAUUAAACAAGACAAUCCUUUAAUUUGUCUUAUAUAUUAUAUAGAAAAUGCCGAGGUCCAGAUAUGGAGCUGAAAUCUUUCUGAAUGAACUCCUAACUUGAUGUAAAACUAUUUAUAGAUUGUGAACACACUGAAUUUUUGUUUCCUCUCGGACUUUUGUACGCACUGUUACGCUGCAUUGCUGUUGUUUUUAUCUUUGAUGUUGUUUCACUUAUCAAUCACUUUUCUCAGACAAUCAGAAUCCGAAACGUGCCUUAGGGCCGAACACACACCAGCUCCGUCGCCAACCUCCAGAUGUUCAGAGUCGGCUUUAAACACGAGCGCCUGAUCAAACCCCCCCCCCGUCCAAUCAUGACACACACGACUCGUUCAUGUUUUAACUUGACACUCGACAUGUGCCAAUAUUAGCCUCUAUUUUUAUAUCACAAUUCUUGCCUAACAUUGUCUCACACUUUAUAAUACUUUCGAAAUAUCAAAUUUUUUUUUUUUGUGAAUUAUGAGAUUGCCUUCCUUUAUUAAAGACAGUACUGUCCCUUGUUAUGCUCUUGCCACUCCGUGUUUCCUACCUAGGGAGCGUCCUUCAGACUGUUUUUAGCGUCAGUGAUCUUUCCUCAGUCGGUUACGCAAGCGAUGAGCACAAUUAUAAAAAACUGGACCGAGCGCCAAACAGCAGGAUGGACUUUGAAAACUAAAAACGGAGAGAUUAUGGAAACGAAGCCUGACAGAUUGUCACUAUUUUAAGGCAGAAGAUUUGGGGAAGCAUUUAGCCGACACGUCGCUUUCACUCCCUGGCAGGAAUUUAGCUUUUUUUGCUUGAAACUCUGGCUGUAUUUUGACAUUUUAAUGCCCUUUCAAGUGCACUCUUUCAACCAAGUCAUUGCUGUAUGAAACCUGUUUUUAUUUUCUUCUUAAAACGUGUUCAUCUGAUGUUAUAAAGGGAUUAUUAUUAUUAUUAUUAUUAUUAUUUGUAGAACAAAUGAUUACAGUUCUUAUGGUUAUUUAUACGUGGAUGUGUUUUUUUUUAAUAGAUUAAAAUGCU